UUUGUAGUGUUUUCAGCUGUUGUAUUUGGUGCAAUGGCUUUAGGACAAACCAGCUCUUUUGCUCCGGACUAUGCCAAAGCCAAGAUAUCUGCAGCCCAUAUGUUCAUGCUGUUUGAAACAGUGCCCUCAAUAGAUAGUUACAGCAAGGAAGGACUGAAGCCUGAAAGAUUUGAGGGAAACAUAGUGAUCAAAGAUGUGAAGUUUAACUACCCAAACCGACCUGAUGUCAAAGUUCUCCAAGGUUUGAAUCUAAAAGUAGAAAAAGGACAAACUCUGGCUCUUGUCGGUAGCAGUGGCUGUGGAAAGAGCACUGUUGUUCAGUUGAUUGAGAGAUUUUAUGAUCCCCUUGAUGGAGAAAUGCUCUUUGAUGACAAAAAUGCAAAGAUACUAAAUAUCCAGUGGCUGAGAUCUCAGAUCGGUAUCGUCUCACAAGAACCAGUCCUGUUUGACUGCUCUAUUGCUGAGAACAUUGCUUAUGGAGAUAAUAAUCGGGAAGUGCCACAUGAGGAAAUUGUUAGUGCAGCAAAAAAGGCCAAUAUUCAUUCCUUCAUUGAAUCUCUACCAGAUAAAUAUAAUACUGGUGUAGGAGACAAGGGAACCCAGCUUUCUGGUGGUCAGAAACAACGUAUUGCUAUUGCUCGAGCUCUUGUACGUCAACCCCAAAUUCUGCUGCUUGAUGAAGCUACGUCUGCCUUGGAUACAGAAAGUGAAAAGGUUGUCCAGGAGGCCCUGGAUAAGGCCCGGGAAGGUCGCACCUGCAUCGUGAUCGCUCACCGCCUGUCCACCAUCCAGAACGCCGACAAGAUCGCCGUGGUCCAGAACGGCAAGAUUGUAGAACAAGGGACUCAUCAACAACUCCUAGCUGCGAAAGGCAUCUACUAUUCUUUGGUCAAUGUUCAGUCUGGGUCAUGCAACAUGUAAAUUAAAGGCAGUGCUUACCUCUGAA